CUGUCCCGUAACCGUCUGCCAGAGCUGCCCGUGGAGGUGUGUACGUUUGUCUCUCUGGAACACCUGAACCUCUACCAGAACUGCCUGCGCUCGCUGCCUGAGAGUCUGCUCAAUCUCCAGGCCCUCACCUACCUGAACAUAAGGUAACGGGCGUGCACACACACACCAGUGGUGUAAAGUACUUAAAGUUGCACUAUGCAGAAAUUGCUCUGCCAUUUCCUGGUUGCUAAAACUCGUUUGCAUAAUUUCAGUUUAUUUGACAAAAUAAGCUAGUAUAGUGUAGGGCAGGGUUCCCCAGCUGGCGGCCAAAUCUGGCCCACCAGCAAUAUGUUUUGGCCACUCAAAUAAUAUUUUUUGUAUUUUUGUUUUGUUUUAUAAUAAUAAUAAUAAUAAUAAUAAUAAUAAUAAUAAUAAUAAUAAUAAAAACAUCUCGGACCCGAGAUGCAAAAAGCCCCAAAUGCAAUGUCCCAAGAAGGAAGUUAGCCCACCUAAAUAAUGCAGAAGUUACAUUUUAACUUCAUUCAUGAGAAGAGAGAAUGCAGACAGUCAAUUUAAAAAGCGGACCAUUUUGUGGUGCUGAAAUGUAAAGCUGCAACCGCAGCGCAAUCAAUAGGUGAACAACGCCUGGUGCUGAAAAUAUAGCUAACUUGUUAUGCAAGUGGCGCACAGCAACCGAUGUAGAAAACCUACACCAGUAGAGUAAUUCAUUGCAACAAUAAUCUUAAUUUGACUUAACAAACAACAAGAGGGCUACAGUAUAGUGUAGGCCUACAGUGAGGGAAAAAAAAGUAUUUGAUCCCCUGCUGAUUUUGUAUGUUUGCCCACUGACAAAGAAAUUACCAGUCUAUAAUUUUAAUGGUAGGUUUAUUUGAACAGUGAGAGACAGAAUAACAACAAAAAAAUCCAGAAAAACGCAUGUCAAAAAUGUUAUACAUUGAUUUGCAUUUUAAUGAGGGAAAUAAGUAUUUGACCCCUCUGCAAAACAUGACUUAGUACUUGGUGGCAAAACCCUUGUUGGCAAUCACAGAGGUCAGAUGUUUCUUGUAGUUGGCCACCAGGUUUGCACACAUCUCAGGAGGGAUUUUGUUCCACUCCUCUUUGCAGAUCUUCUCCAAGUCAUUAAGGUUUCGAGCCUGACGUUUGACAACUCGUACCUUCAGCUCCCUCCACAGAUUUUCUAUGGGAUUAAGGUCUGGAGACUGGCUAGGCCACUCCAGGACCUUAAUGUGCUUCUUCUUGAGCCACUCCUUUGUUGCCUUGGCCGUGUGUUUUGGGUAAUUGUCAUUCUGGAAUACCCAUCCACGACCCAUUUUCAAUGCCCUGGCUGAGGGAAGGAGGUUCUCACCCAAGAUUUGACGGUACAUGGCCCUGUCCAUUGUCCCUUUGAUGCUGUGAAGUUGUCCUGUCCCCUUAGCAGAAAAACACCCCCAAAGCAUAAUGUUUCCACCUCCAUGUUUGACGGUGGGGAUGGUGUUCUUGGGGUCAUAGGCAGCAUUCCUCCUCCUCCAAACACGACGAGUUGAGUUGAUGCCAAAGAGCUCCAUUUUGGUCUCAUCUGACCACAACACUUUCACACAGUUCUCCUCUGAAUAAUUCAGAUGUUCAUUGGUGAACUUCAGACGGGCCUGUAUAUGUGCUUUCUUGAGCAGGGGGACCUUGCGGGCGGUGCAGGAUUUCAGUCCUUCACGGCGUAGUGUGUUACCAAUUGCUUUCUUGGUGACUAUGGUCCCAGCUGCCUUGAGAUCAUUGACAAGAUCCUCCCAUGUAGUUCUGGGCUGAUUCCUCACCGUUCUCAUGAUUAUUGCAACUCCACGAGGUGAGAUCUUGUAUGGAGCCCCAGGCCGAGGGAGAUUGACAGUUCUUUUGUGUUUCUUCCAUUUGCGAAUAAUCGCACCAACUGUUGUCACCUUCUCACCAAGCUGCUUGGCGAUGGUCUUGUAGCCCAUUCCAGCCUUGUGUAGGUCUACAAUCUUGUCCCUGACAUCCUUGGAGAGCUCUUUGGUCUUGGCCAUGGUGGCGAGUUUGGAAUCUGAUUGAUUGCUUCUGUGGACAGGUGUCUUUUAUACAGGUAACAAACUGAGAAUAGGAGCACUCCCUUUAAGAGUGUGCUCCUAAUCCCAGUUUGUUACCUGUAUAAAAGACACCUGGGAGCCAGAAAUCUUUCUGAUUAAGAGGCGGUCAAAUACUUAUUUCCCUCAUUUAAAAUGCAAAUGAAUUUAUUUGAUAUUACACUGAAGAUUAUGGUCAAUGGAACGCCUAAGAAGCCUUACACACCUGAACAGGCUGCUGCGUUUAUUGACUCUCUCGGGUAAAUAACUUUACACUGCGCCUUUGCAGCGUUGGAUGACUUUAUUCAAAUCUGGUCAUGAAGCAGUGAUGUGAGUUCUCAAGUGCUCUUAUUCAGUAAAUGUUGUAUUUUCUUUGCUACAGUAACUGCUGCCAUAGCUCAGACCUGAGAUCUGUGUGAAUCUAUAUUGGUGCCCAGGCUUGGUGUCAAUAUUCUUUUAUUGAUUUUAAUUUUCUUAUGUGUAAAUGGUGAGGCUAUAGAGUGGUUAUGCAGCCUUAAGAUUCUACAUUGGAGAGUUGAAAUCCCCUGCAAGUUAGCUGGCGGGAAAAACCCCUUUGGAACUUCACAUGUUUAUUUUUCAGGUGUAUUAUAGUUCGGGUUCAGGAUUCAAAUAGUCUGUUUAGGCUUGGUGAAAAUGGGGAGUUCAACACAUGGGGAAAGGUACCACCUUAUCUUUGCAGUAGGAUUCAGUCUGUAUAUUGGUUGGUCAAAGUGCAAUGGCAGGUAACAGACUGCGUUUAUGUACAUGGUACAUUAGAGGGAGCCAUAAUCCUAUUAAAAGGGUAAGAGUUCUAUUUUUUUGAAUUGUAUGAAAGAUACAUUUGGUAGUUUUGUUAUUAAGGGCAAUAAUUCAUAUUUACUUCCCCCCUGCCCACCCCCCUGAUUUCCUCACUAAGGUAUUUAUAGACUUCUCAGAAUUAAACUCAGAUAAUGCUGUGGUUGUUGGAGAUUUUAAUUGUUUGUUGAACCCCCUUAUUGACAAGUUUCCCAGCAGCAUAGCUUCACCCUCUCCUCAAGCUUGGUUGCUUAAAGCUAUUUGUGAUGAUCUGGGGUGAUGUGACUUUAACAUUAAUCUGAAGACUUAUCUCUAACUAACUAUGUUUAAUUGUUACCCAAUUUAAAUUAAUCAUGUAACAAUUAACUAAUUAGGAUCUGGGGCACCACGAGAGCGGUUCUUUAAAGAGUUACCAUCUCCUGAAUUAAACUCUAAAAGGUCUUUACCUAUCACAUCUAUAAACAGUCAACUUAUUAAUCAUAACCUCGUAUCAUAUCAUCAUUCUGAACGUCGUAACCUCCUUGCAUCUGCAGAAACACGAGCCUUACUUAUGAUUCAGUACUACACAAAUUGUUUAAUUAUUUAUUUACUAGCUAAUUAAAUGGGAACACAGGAUAAACAUACACACUCUGCACCGGUUAUUGACUGGAGAAAACAGGUCCCUAGUGGAAUGACAACAACAUGGCUUGUUAAAGAAGAGAGGAAGAGGAAGAAAGAGAGGGACAGUGACACUUAAUCUUGAUACAUUCAGAAACUACUCUAACCUACAGUAAUUACAUACUUGGCACACGAACCGCCGCCCGCUUUGAGUAAGAAAACAUGGAUGUAUUUACGUGAAAUGUCUUAAUUAGCCAGGGAUCUCUCGGUGAACCGGGCCGCCUUGGAAAGGGGUUGGGUCUUUCCGCGGCAUGCUUGCAAGGCUCUUCUUGUCCAAAAUGGUUCAUAAUGUCUUUCUUCGUAGUUGUCCGGUCUCCAAUGAUUUGUCAUGUAGUCCUGAACAGAACUACAUAAUUGAUUUUCCUUCCCAUCGCUCUGGAAGUUGCUUCUUUGAAGAUAGGCUAGCCAGCCGUAUCGAUGGUGGGGUGAUUAGAGUAGCGUAAUACAAUGAGUUGAGCAGAGUAAUAGGAUGGGCCUACUUAAAUUCGCUUUAGAAGAUACUUUACUUAGGACAGCUAAUCAGUUGUACCAGUGAUUUGUCCAGGAGGUGAGUUUUCCUUCUCCACCUCGUGUUGCAAUUCAGAAUUCUAACCAUUUUAAAUGUGUAGCUGCCGCUUUCACGUUUUCUGGUCUGAUAUGUUAAUUCAUAACCCAUCCUUUUAUACACUCUGCUCGAAAGGGCCGGUUCCGUCAGGCUGACACGAUCUCUGACCUCACUCGGGGGCGAGACUAUUUACUGUGCAAAGCUUAAGGAAAACAAUUAUCUCUUAUAGCGUUCUCAAAUCACAUCCCUAUCCCUCUGUGGGUGAGAGGGGGGUCUGGUUGAAGUUAUUCAUUGGAAACCUGAUCUGACCUAUUUGGAUCCUCACAGGACAGUCAUGACAGGGGUAUGCUGAUGUCUGGAGAACCCAACAGAGAAUUGACCUUUUUCUCUGCACCCCAUGGAUGUCAGACUAGAAUAGAUUACUUUUUUUAUGCCCAGGACGUCUUUGCAGUCUGUUUUCUCUGCUAAUAUAGGAAGCAUAGUCAUAUCUGAUCACGCUGAGUUGAUCCUGGACAUAAAACUCAAAGGGACACCCAAUCCAUCAAGACACUGGAGACUGAAUAAAACCAUUCUUAAAAACCAUACAUUUACAUCAUAUUUUAUCACAAAGUUUAAAGCAUUUUUCUCUAACUCUCAAUCCACAGAUAACCCCUCGCUUCUUUGGGAAACCUGUAAAGCGUACGCCAGAGGUCUAAUUAUGUCAUACUCAGCCACUAAGAGGCGGAAAAAACUUGAAAAGCAAAAAACAUUAGAGGAUGAAUUGGCAACUAAAGAGAAGGAUUACAUUAAAAUUCCCACUCCUGCCCUAUUAAAGGAAAUAUCAGUCCUUAGAUCAACGUUGGACUCUCUCCUAAGAAAAUGAGAUUUGUCAGGCAAAAGCUUUAUGAACAUGGCGAUAAACCAGGAAAAUAUUUGGCGUACCUAGCUAAAAAGAAAGCAGACUCCCAGUCAAUUGCCAAUAUUAAUGAUUCUGAUGGCAACCAUUUAUAUGAAAACAAAUGGAUAAAUUUGUCAUUUAACAAAUGUUAUGCAAAUAUUUAUGCCUCAGAAUGGACAAAUGAUGCACCCAAACUAAUGGAGGACUUAUUUUCUAAGAUUGAGCUCCCGACUAUUUCAGAGGUCUCUCCAUAAUGCCCCUAUUACCAAAGAAGAGAUAAUGUUUGCUAUUGAGGAUCUGCAAAAUGGUAGGGCCUCAGGACCGGACAGGUUUUGUAGUGAGUUCUAUAAGGAGUUCCAAAGCCUGAUCCUUGAGCCAUUGCUUGAUAUGUUUAACCACUCAUUUUCAAAUGACCACCUCCCUCAAACUCUGAGGGAAGCUAACGAUCACUUAUUCUCAAAAAGGGAAAAUGCCCAGAGUCUUGUUCCUCGUACAGACCUUGUUGCCCUUCUGAACGUGGAUAGAAAAUUGCUUUCUAAAAUCCUAGCCACACAACUAGAGAACUUAUUGCAAACUGGCUUCAUUUAAGGGCCGUAACUCAUGUAAUAAUGUCAGGCGGCUUCUUAAUGUUAUUCAAGCCUACCAACAAAGGAUACUAAGUUCAAAUAACUUAUCCACACACAGAGGUACCAGACAGGGCUGUCCUUUGUCCCCUCUCCUAUUUGCGCUCGUUAUGGAACCGCUGGCAGAGGCCAUCAGAGUAACGCCUGCUAUACAGGGUCUGCUAAUUGUUGAUGUUCAUCAUAAAAUAAGCUUGUAUGCUGAUGAUGUUUUGAUAUUCAUCUCUAGCCCCGAGAUUUAAAUUACAUCUCUUGUUAAUAUUAUUGAAUUAUUCAGUGUAUUCUCAGGCUACAAGAUUCAUUUAAGUAAAACAGAGGCUAUGGCACAUUCUUAAACAGAUCAGUUCUACAAAGUGUGGGAACCUUAUUUGAAUUACCUAGAACCUGAUUUAUCAGCUUUCAUGCUGCAAGGAUUUUCUUAGAAUGGUGUUUACUUGUCUCAGGAUUACACUGUACGUUCCAUGUGUUGGACCUAAUUCCUUUAUUUAAACUGAGUUUCUGUGUUUAAUUUCUGUUUGUUUGUUUAAUUUGUAUUUUCUUUGUCAUUCUUCUUUUAUCUUUGUUACCGUAUCUCUUAAUGUGGGAGAAAAUUUGUGAAAUUCCAAUAGAAAUACUACUAACAAAUAUAUAAAUAACGGACAUAUACACACAACUGUGCUACAUCGGUGUUGUCAGUACUCUCGUCAAUAGCCAGGGAUAAAUGCUUAGCCUGAUUGAACCUCUCCAGAACAAUCCUAUGCACAUCAUCCGCCAGUGCAUGGACGCGGCGGCCGGCUGUUGACGCAGACGGGGGCACCUGUUUGACAAACGCAAUUAUGCUAUCCAUAGACUUGUCGGUAGCCUCCAAAGCUGUCACCAUGCACUUUUUAAAUACCUCCGCGUCUGUGAAGGGCAUGUUGUUUGGUUAGAACCCAGGACACUUUUAGGGAGGCACUUGUGACCUUCUGUUGUUGGGUCAGGCCACGAAGGAGGAUUCUGCUUCCGUGUGUUAACGCUUACAUUUUUCUGGGUCAGGCCUCUGUCUGGGGCGGGAAGACCACUUUGAAAGUACCAUGCUUAGAUUCAGUGACGUAUGAGAUUGAAUUCUUCACAAACAAAUACAGUUUCGUUGCAAAUAAGACACACUGGCUUGGCAUUGGAGAACGGUGGUAAGAUUAAUGCAUAUCUCUCUGUCUAUUCUUCCCUGAAACUUAGAUUUUUAUUAUCCACCUUUUGAUACUUUUUGAGUGACAUUUCCUCUUGCUAGCAAGCUAAUUGUUCUGAACGAAUGUUGACGUUAAAAAAUUUAUUGUAGCCUACAGUAGACCUGUUUUCCCCCACCAAUCAACGCACAGCGAAAUAGACAAAAAUAAUAAUUGAAUAGAAGAGACAAUGAUUUUAUGAGUGUAAUCAUUAUGCUAUUGGCAUUGAAUGUAUUAUGUACUAGGCAGAUGCGUAAAAAAUGUUCAAUUUGUAGUGUAGGCCUAUUGUGCUAAUAUUAUAUGCUAGUAAUGUUCUGGCCCGCCGACUAUUAGCUCAGAAAAAAUUUGGCCCGAGGCCAAACCUAGUUGAUGAACGAACCCUGGUGUAGAGAAUCAUUGUACCAUCUAAACCACUGUGAAAUACACUAUAUAUACAAAUGUAUGUGGAUACCCCUUCAAAUGAGUGGAUUCGGAUAUUUCAGCCACACCCGUUGCAGACAGGUGUCUAAAAGCACACAGCCAUGUAAUCUCCAUAGACAAACAUUGGCAGUAGAAUGGCCUUAUUGAAGAAGUCAGUGACUUUGAACGUGGCACCGUCAUAGGAUGCCACCUUUCCAACAAGUCAGUUUGUAAAAUGUCUGCCCUGCUAGAGCUGCCCCGGUCAACUGUAAGUGCUGUUAUUGUGAAGUGGAUACGUUUAGGAGCAACAAUGGCUCAGCCGCGAAGUGGUAGGCCACACAAGCUCACAGAAUGGGACCACCGAGUGCUGAUGCGCGUAGCGCAUAAAAAUCAUCUGUCCUCGGUUGCAACACUCACUACUGAGUUCCAAACUGCCUCUGGAAGCAACGUCUGCACAAUAACUGUUCGUCGGGAGCUUCAUGAAAUGGGUUUCCAUGGCCAAGCAGCCGCACACAAGCCUAAGUUCACCAUGCGCAAUUCCAAGCGUUUGCUGGUGUGGUGUAAAGCUCGCCGCCAUUGGACUCUGGAGUGAUGAAUCACGCUUUACCAUCUGGCAGUCCAACAGACUAAUCUGGGUUUGGCAGAUGCCAGGAGAACGCUACCUGCCUCAAUGCAUAGUGCCAACUGUAAAGUUUGGUGGAGGAGGAAUAAUGGUCUGGGGCUGUUUUUCAUGUUUCGGGCUAGGCCCCUUAGUUCCAGUGAAGGGAAAUCUUAACGCGACAGCAUACAAUGACAUUCUAGACGAUUCUGUGUUUCCAACUUUGUGGCAACAGUUUGGAGAAGGCCUUUUCCUGAUUCAGCAUGACAUUGCCCCCGUGCACAAAGCGGGGUCCAUAAGGAAAUGGUUUGUCGAGAUCGGUGUGGAAGAACUUGACUGGCCUGCACAGAGCCCUGACCUCAACCCCAUCAAACACCUUUGGGAUGAAUUGGAACGCCGACUGCGAACCAGGCCUAAUCGCCCAACAUCAGUGCCCGACCUCACUAAUGCUCUUGUGGCUGAAUGGAAGCAAGUCCCCGCAGCAAUGUUCCAACAUCUAGUGGAAAGCCUUCCCAGAAGUGUGGACUCUGUUAUAGCAGCAAAGGGGGGACCGACUCAAUAUUAAUGCCCAUGAUUUUUGGAAUGAGAUGUUUGACAAGCAGGUGUCCACAUACUUUUGGUCAUCUAGUGUAUAUUUUCCAUAACCAAAAAUAUUGUUGUUUCAGCUGUUUGAAGCUGGUGUACAAAACCGAAAGUAAGACACAAAAACAACUUGAGGACGGGAAUCAUAUAAAUAGCACACUCAGAACAUAUCUACUGCUUCUUAGACUUACUUUCAAGCAGAAAUGGUAGAGCUAUAACUCACAUUUAAUGUGAAUUUGGUCGGGUCGUCCAAAAAGUGACAUAUUGCCACUUUAAGUAAUUUUUGGGGGUAUCUGUACUUUAGAAAAUAUGUACUUUUUACUCCCAUACAUUUUCCCUGACACCCAAAAGCGCUCGUUGCAUUUCAAUUCAAAUCAAAUUGUAUUUGUCACAAGCGCCAAAUACAACAGGUGUAGACCUUACAGUGAAAUGCUUACUUACAAGCCCUUAACCAACAAUGGAGUUUUAAGAAAGAAUACUACAAAAAAUAAAAUAAAAAGGAACAAAUAUCUAUGCACCUAUGAAUAUAACACGUUGUCAUUCCUACUGCCUCUGAUCUGACAGAAUCACUUAACACAAAUACUGUGUUUGUAAAUUAUGUGGGAUUGUCAGUGUGCCCCUGUCUGUCCGUAAAUAAAAAUAAACAAAAGAACAUUGUGCUGUCUGGUAUACUUAAUUUAAGGAAUUUGAUGAAUGGCUUUUACUUUGUACUUUUAUUCAAGUAUGACAGUUGAGUACUUUUUCGACCACUGUACUUAAGUACAUUUAAAACCAGAUACUUUUUAGACUUUUACUUAAGCAGUGCUUUACUGGGUGACACUCACUUUUACUUGAGUCAUUUUCUAUUACUUUUACUCAAGUAUGACAGUUGAGUACUUUUUCCACCACUGACACACACACUCACAGGCCAUAGGAUACACACACAGUAGAGUAAAUACUGAUGUACACAUCUAUUUACAAAUUUGACAUUACACUUGUACACUUAACCGUAGAAAGACGGCCUAUGCAUGCAUACUACACACACCCGUGUGAUGCCUAAAACAGAUGGUCUGCAUCCCAAAGGUACCCUAUUCCCUAUAUAGUGCCCCGGUCCAGUAGUGCACUAAAUAGGGAAUAGUGUGCCAUUUGGAACAACACCCAUGUUCAUUCAUAAACAAAGAUUAAAGCAGUGCUCUGUUUUGGGAAUGGAGAAACGUCACAGCAAAUCUGAUAAACAAACAGGAUUGAAAGAUAUAUGGUCUGUAACAUCAACCUGUUUUGUAGGAAGUAUUCCCAGACAAUGGCAAUAGAAUGUCAAGAACGUGGUCCUCUGUAGCUCAAUUGGUAGAGCAAUGGUGCUUGUAACGCCAGGGUAGUGGGUUCGAUCCCCAGGACCACCCAUACGUAAACAUUUAUGCACACAUGACUGUAAGUCGCUUUGGAUAAAAGCGUCUGCUAAAUGGCAUAUUAUAUUAUUAUUAUUAACAUUGUUGAACAUUGUGACUUACUUUGUUUGAUAAUAUUCAACAACAUUUGCCAUCUUGCAAGUAUACAUAUGAAAACAUCCACCAUCACAACUAUUUGAAUUUGAAUGGAGACAUGAAUUUACUAAGGCUUCAGUCAAAAACGUCUCUUACAUUUUCUCUCUCCUCUCUCGUCUGUCUUUCUUUCAUCCGGAUUUCAGUCGAAACCAGUUGUUGACCCUGCCCAGCCCGGUGUGUAGUCUGCCGUUGAAAGUCCUGAUCGCCUGUAACAACAAGCUGGUCUCCCUUCCCGAAGAGCUGGGCCAACUACUACAGCUCACAGAACUGGUCAGUACAGGCCAAUACAGACAGACAUACACAGCUGCGGCUUAAUUGGCCGUGGGUAUCGGCUGUGUGUUGUUUUAGUGUCAAAACCAACAUGUUGAUUUGUCAGUUAUUGUAGUCUUUGUGUUGUGUCUUUGUGUUGUGUUGUGGUUUGAUUACCGUUUAACCAGGGCGUCAUCUUCCUCUACUCUCCUUCUCUCUCCUCAUCCCCAUGUACAGGACGUGAGUUGUAAUGAGAUCCAGACACUCCCUCCUCAGGUUGGUCGGCUGGACUCGCUGCGAGACCUCAACAUCCGCCGCAAUCACCUGGCCCGCUUGCCCCCAGGUCAACACACACACUCAACCACCUGGCCCGCGUUGGUCAACACACACACACACACACACACACACACAAAACCAUCUGGACCACACACAUCAGUAUAUUUUGAAUAAAAAUGUUGAAGACCACAAUUACUGGAUUAGAUCAAUCUGGCGUGUUAGAGCUUGACAACACACACGGGGGGAAUUAUAUUUGUUAAAAUGUUACCCAAAUUUAACCCCCCUUUUUUUGGCACUAAACUACGUCCAUUUACACUGAGUAAACAAAACAUUAAGAGCCUCUGCUCUUUUUAUGACAUGGACUGACCAGGUGAAUCCAGGUGAAAUCUAUGAUCCCUUAUUAAUGUCACUUGUUAAAUCCACUUCAAUCAGAGUAGGAUGAAGGGAAGGAGACAUGUUAAAGAAGGAUUUUUAAGCCUUGAGACAAUUGAGACAUGGAUUGUGUAUGUGUGCCAUUGAGGGUGAAUGGGCAAACAAAAUAUUUAAGUGCGUUUUGAACGGGGUAUGGUUGGUAGGUAGGUGCCAGGCGUACCGUUUUUUGUGUCAAGAACUGCAAUACUGCUGGGUUUUUAACACUCCACAGUUUCCCGUGUGUAUCAAUGUUCCACCACCCAAAGGACAUCCAGCCAACUUGGAGUCAACAUGGGCCGGCAUCCCUGUGGAACGCUUUCAACACCUUGUAGAGUCCAUGCCCUGACGAAUUGAGGUUGUUCUGAGGGCAAAACGGGUGGCGCAAUAUUAAGGUGUUCCUAAUGGUUGGUAUACUCAGUGUAUACUUGCAUAAUUUUUUUAAAACUGUUACCGGGCUACCUUCAGAUGAGUCUUGUGGGCGUCCUAGAGCAAAACACCUUUCCAUAGAGGGGUCAUAUAGUGUGUAGCCCAAACUCUUAGGACGCUACAGACUGAAGUUGGCGGUGGAUUGAGACGUUGCCCAUGCAAAAAAACAGAUGUCUCUAGCUUAAACAGGCUUAUUUUUUAUGAUUAUGCUAAUUAGAUUUCCGCGGGGCGCGGCCAUCGACUCUAGGGGAUUAAAGUUAAACUGUCUGUAUCCUAUGUCCAUACAGAGCUGUCUGAGUUGCCCCUGGUGCGUCUGGACUUCUCUUGUAACAAGGUGACGUCUAUCCCUGUGUGUUACCGCAACCUGCGCCACCUACAGAGCAUCGCGCUGGACAACAACCCACUACAGAACCCACCCGCACAGGUAACUCACACGCGCACAGUCUGACUAUACAAUCACGACUAUACAAACACUUUUUGCUCCUAGUCAGUGACUAGGAAACACACAAACUCUCAGCCUGACUAUACAAUUAUGUCCUGCACCACACAAAUGUGUUAAAUAGAACCUAGUCAAACUGUUCCUUCUAUUGUCUAUCAUGUGUUUCUUUCCCUAUCAUUCCCAGAUUUGUAUAAAGGGGAUGAUCCAUAUAUUUAAGUACCUGAACAAUGAGGCCAGCAAGACUACGCCUGAGCUCCCAGACUACGACAGGAGACCCCUCCCCUUCGGAUCCUGGUGAGACACACACACGUACGCUUCCACUGCCAAUAAUAAGGCAGAGAGGCCAGCCCUGGAAACAGCUGUGUGCAGAGGAACAGCUGGAGAGAGGCAGAAAGAGUCUCCCUGCUCCUGUCUUUCUCUGUCAGUGUCUCUACUUUUAUCUCUCCCUCACUCAAUAUUGAUAUUUUCUGCUCUACAAUAUCUCUUGCUUUCUCAGAGCCCUCUGUAAAUGUUCAAAGCUACUCUACAAGAAACUGUCCAGAGUUUGGUGAGGAGAGGUAGAAAUUGAGAUAAAUGGGAAGUGAGGGAGUGUUAAAAAGAAAAGGUAGAAAGUACAUUCAAUACCCCAUAAUGACAAAGCGAAAACAGGUUUUUAGACUUAUGCAAAUGUAUUACAAAUAAAAAACAGAAAUACUUGAUUUACAUAAGUAUUCAGACCCUUUGCAAUGAGACUCGAAAUUGAGCUCAGGUGCAUCCUGUUUCCAUUUAUCAUCCUUGAGAUGUUUCUACAACUUGGAGUCCACCUGUGGUAAAUUCAAUUGAUUGGGACAUGAUUUGGAAAGGCACACACCUGUCUAUAUAAGGUCCCACAGUUGACAGUGCAUGUCAGAGCAAAUAUCAAGCCAUGAGGUCGAUGGAAUUGUCCGUAGAGCUGGGGAAGGUUACCAAAAAACGUAUGCAGCAUUGAAGGUCCCCAAGAACACAGUGGCCUCCAUCAUUCUUAAAUGGAAAAAGAUUGGACCCACUUAGACUCUUCCUAGAGCUGGCCGCCCGGCCAAACUGAGCAAUCGGGGGAGAAGGGCCUUGGUCACUCUGACAGAACCUUCUAGAAGGACAAUAAUCUCUGCAGCACUCCACCAAUAAGGCAUUUAUGAUAGAGUGGCCAGAUGGAAGCCCCUCCUCAGGCUCUGGCUGGGCCACUCAAGGACAUUCACAGACUUGUCCCGAAGCCACUCCUGCGUUGUAUUGGCUGUGUGCUUAAAGUUGUUUUCCUGUUGGAAGGUGAGCCUUCACCCCAGUCUGCGGUCCUGAGCGCUCUCGAGCAGCUUUUCAUCAAGGAUCUCUCUGUACUUUGCUCCGUUCAUCUUUGCCUUGAUCCUGACUAGUCUUACAGUCCCUGCCGCUGAAAAACAUCCCCACAGAAUGAUGCUGCCACCACCGUGCUUCACCGUAGGGAUGGUGCCAGGUUUCCUCCAGACGUGACGCUUGGCAUUGAGGCCAAAGAGUUCAAUCUUGGUUUCAUCAGACCAGAGAAUCUUGUUUCUCAUGGUCUGAGAGUCCUUUAGGUGCCUUUUGGCAAACUCCAAGCGGGCUGACAUGUGUCUUUUACUGUGGAGUGCCUUUUCCUGAGCAGUGGCUUCCGUCUAGCCACUCUACCAUAAAGGCCUGAUUGGUGGAGUGCUUCAGAGAUGUUUGUCCUUCUGGAAGGUUCUCCCAUCUCCACAGAGAUUUACAUUAAUACUUAUGUAAAUAAGGUAUAUCUGUUUUUUAUUUUUUAUACAUUUGGAAAAAAUUCUACAAACCUGUUUUCGCUUUGUCAUUAUGGGGUAUUGUGUGUAGAUUCAGGAACAUUUUUUAUUUAAUCCAUUUUAAAAUAAGGCUGUAACAUAACAAAAUGUGGAAAAAGGGAAGAUGUCUGAAUACAUUCCGAAUGCACUGUAUUCAUACACUCACAUAUAGAUACUGCCACUGUCCCCAUACUCCUAGACACACACGGUACCUGGGUCAAGUACUUCCUUGAUUUAGCUUGGAAUUUGCACAUGUGAGACAGUUAUUUUGUACUGCAACUCACUGAAUUGCUUUGUUUCAAAUGAUUGUGUUUUGCUUUUGGUGUUUUGUUUGCUUUUCAUAUAUUGUGAAAUUGAUGUGUAUAUGCAGGACUCAUCUGCAAAAGAGACCGUGGUCUCAGCAUGACUCCCUGCUUAAAUGAAGGUUAAAUAAAAUAAAAUAAAUCACAGCUUAAGUGUUUGAUAUCAUUUGACGUUGUGUUUUGACCCACUCCUUGUUCCCAAGGUGGUCUAAAAGUUGAUCUUAUCUUCUGUACUCUUAGUGUGGAGGAGCUGUACCCUGGCCGGCCGUACGGAGCGCUGGACUCUGGCUUCAACAGCGUGGACAGUGGAGACAAGAGAUGGUCAGGCAAUGAGGUGAGACGCGCACACACACACACACACACACACACACACACACACACACACACACACACACACGGUCAGACAACUAGGUAAGAUUAGAAAUAACUCUGGGUCCUCCUAGUAAUUGUUGGGUAAUUCCAUGAAUAUAGUACAUUUUGGGUAUUGUAACUUGGUAAAAAAAUAUUAUAAUUUCACAUACUUUUAGGAAGGGGUUAAAUAAAAAGUACUAUAGUAAGUGCCAAUAAAGUGAAGCGUGUUGUGUGCAACAGGGAGGGACAAUUAAAUGCAAGCUUCACAUAAAAAUGUACAUCGUUAAAGAAUUUCUAGCCUAUCUUUCUAUGGGUAACAGGGUUGACGUUUUAUGCUCAACAGGCUCAGUUUUCUACCACAAAAUUGCCAGAAAGAGUAGAACCAGCUCACCUGCUUUUACUCUGUGAUGUUAAUAUUAUAUGUUCAAUGUUUAUUAAUAGUUUCACCAUAUUAAAACGAGAUUUCAGUUCACGUAACAGGGUUGACCUUAAAGUGGAACUGACAGCAUUUUAGCCACAUUAAAUCUUAUAAAAAUCUGUUCAUAUACACCUACCAGUCCAAAGUUUGGACACACCUACUCAUUCAAGGGUUUUUCUUUAUUUUCACUAUUUUUUAUAUUGUAGAACAAUAGUGAAGAUGUCAAAACUAUGAAAUAACACAUAUGGAAUCAUGUAGUAAACAAAAAGUGUUAAACAAAUCAAAGUAUAUUUUAUAUAUUGAGAAUCUUCAAAUAGCUACACUUUGCCUUGAUGAUAGCUUUGCACACUCUUGGCAUUCUCUCAACCAGCUUCACCUGGAAUGCUUUUCCAGCAGUCUUGAAGGAGUUCCCACAUAUGUUGAACACUUGUUGGCAGCUUUUCCUUCACUCUGCCGUCCGACUCAUCCCAAUCCAUCUCUAAUUGGGUUGAGGUCGGGGGUUUGUGGAGGCCAGGUCAUCUAAUGCAGCACUCCAUCGCUCUCCUUCAUGGUAAAAUAGCCCUUACACAGCCUGGAGGUGUGUUGGGUCAUUGUCCUUUUGAAAAACAAAUGAUAGUCCCACAAAGCCCAAACCAGAUGGGAUGGAAUAUCGCGGUAGAAUGCUGUGGUAGCCCUGCUGGUUAAGUGUGCCUUGAAUUCUAAAGAAAUCACUGACAGUGUCACCAGCAAAGCACCCCCACACCAUAACACCACCUCCUCCAUGCUUUACGGUGGUAAAUACACAUGCGGAGAUCAUCCGUUCACCCACACCACGUCUCACAAAGACACAGCGGUUGGAACCAAAAAUCUCAAAUUUGGACUCCAGACCAAAGGACACAUUUCCACCGGUCUCAUGUCCAUUGCUCAUGUUUCUUGGUCCAAGCAGGUCUCUUCUUUGUAUUGGUGUCCUUUAGUAGUGGUUUCUUUGCAGCAAUUCGACCAUGAAGGCCUGAUUCACACAGUCCCCUCUGAACAGUUGAUGUUGAGAUGUGUCUGUUACUUGAACUCUGUGAAGCAUUUAUUUGGGCUGCAAUUUCUGAGGCUGGUAACUAAUGAACUUAUCCUCUGCAGCAGAGUUAACUCUGCGUCUUCCAUUCCUGUUGCGGUCCUCAUGAGAGCCAGUUUCAUCAUAGCGCUUGAUGGUUUUUGCGACUGCACUUGAAGAAACUUUCAAAGUUCUUGAAAUGUUCUGUGUUGACUGACCUUCAUGUCUUAAAGUAAUGAUGGACUGUCGUUUCUCUUUGCUUAUUUGAGCUGUUCUUGGUCUUUUACCAAAUAGGGCUAUCUUCUGUAUACCACCCCUACCUUGUCACAACACAACUGAUUGGCUCAAAAGCAUUAAGAAGGAAAGAAAUUACACAAAUUAACUUUUAAGAAGGCACACCUGUUAAUUGAUUUGCAUUCCAGGUGACUACCUCAUGAAGCUGGUUGAGAGAAUGCCAAUAGUGUGCAAAGCUGUCAUCAAUACAAAGGGUGGCUAUUUGAAGAAUCUCAAAUAUAAAAUAUAUUUUGAUUUGUUUAACACAUUUUUGGUUACUACAUGAUUCCAUAUGUGUUAUUUCAUAGUUUUGAUGUCUUCACUAUUAUUCUACAAUGUAGGAAAUAGUAAAAAUAAAGAAAAACCCUUGAAUGAGUAGGUGUUCUAAAACUUUUGACCGGUAGUGUAAAUAAAUAUGCUAGCCUAUUGCUAGUCUGAUUGUAUUGACAUUCCCAGUCUUAGUUACAUUUGUCAUUUUUGUCCAAAAUAUUGAGUCAUUGAAACUGAAACAGUGCAUCCCGAAUGGAGGCAGCAAGCAAUGUACCAGGACUGCUGUGAUUUUACAACCUGACUGCAAUAUUUUUUGGACUACCAAGAAAUAUAUUAAUCAUGCAUUGAAUUGCAUUAAUCUAUUCUGCCAACAAUGCCUUAGCGUACGUCAUGGAAUGUUGAGUCAAAUAUAACCUAUUUUUAAAACCUCUUAUAAAGUUGGUUUUGUAGCAUAAACUGGGAAUUUGAUAUUUUUGACUGAUGUUAUGAUUGUCUGUUUAUUUCAUAUCUGCAAAGUAGUUAAAACGCUUUCAGUUCCACUUUAAAAUAAGGGACAGACGUAAAUUAAUCACAGUAAAUAAAUAAUAGUCCCAAGUAGCUCAGUUGGUAGAGCAUGGCGCUUGCAACGCCAGGGUUGUGGGUUCGUUUCCCACGGGGGGCCAGUAUGAAAAUGUAUGCACUCUGGAUAAGAGCGUCUGCUAAAUUACUAAAAUGUAAAUGUAAAAUAAAAAUCUUCAGAAAUGACUGUCAAAGCAAGAACAUUUACAAUGAUGGUAAAUCUUUACCACUGGCACUGAGUAAAGCCUGUGUGUAUGAAUGCUGAUAAAUCAACGUUAUACACGUCAGUUUUAGAAUGUGAGGCAACUAAUAAGCUAGCACUAAAUAUUUCAAAAACUGAAAGCAUUAUAUUUGGGACAAACCGUUCACUUAACCCGAAACCUCAACUAAAUCUUGUAAUGAAUAAUAUGGAAAUUGAGCAAGUUGAGUGGACAACUGCGUGGUGUAACCCUGGAUUGUAAACUGUCAUGGUCAAAACAUUUGAUGCAACGGUAGCUAAGAUGGGGAGAGGUCUGUCCGUACAGCCUUAUUCUAAAAUGUAUUAAAAAACAAAAACAGAAAUACCUUUAUUGUAGAAACAUAAGUAUUCAGACCCUUUUCUAUGAGACUUGAAAUUGAGCUCAGGUGCAUCCUGUUUCCAUUGGUCAUCCUUGAUGUUUUUACAAAUUGAUUUGAGUCCACCUUUGGUAAAUUAAAUCGAUGGACAUUUGUAAAGGCACACACCUGUCUAUAUAAGGUCCCACAGUUGACAGUGCAUGUCAGAGCAAAAACCAAGCCAUGAGGUCGAAGGAAUUGUCCGUAGAGCUCCGAGACAGGAUUGUGUCGAGGCACAGUUCUGGUAAAGGGUACCAAAAAAUGUCUGCAGCAUUGAAGGUCCCCAAGAACACAGUGGCCGCCUCCAUUCUUAAAUGGAAGAAGUUUGGAACCACCAAACUGAGCAAUCGGGGGAGAAGGGCCUUGGUGAAGGCGGUUACCAAGAACCCGAUGGUCACUAUGACAGAGCUCCAGAUUUCCUCUGUGGAGAUGGGAGAACGUUCCAGAAGGACAACCAUCUCUGCAGCACUCCACCAAUCAGGCCUUUAUGGUAGAAUGGCCAGACGGAAGCCACUCCUCAGUAAAAGGCACCUGACAGCCCGCUUGGAGUUUGCCAAAAGGCACCUAAAGGACUCUAAGAGCAUGAGAAGUAAGACUCUCUGGUCUGAUGAAACCAAGAUUGAACUCCUUGGCCUGAAAGCCAAGUGUCACGUCUGGAGGAAACCAGGCACAGCUCAUCACCUGGCCAAUACCAUCCCAACGGUGAAGCAUGGUGGUGGCAGCAUCAUGCUGUGGGGACGUUUUUCAAUAGCAGGGACUGGGAGACUAGUCACGAUCCUUGAUGAAAACCUGCUCCAGAGCGCUCAGGACCUCAGACUGGGGCGAAGGUUCACCUUCCAACAGGACAACAACCCUAAGCACACAGCCAAGACAAUGCAUGAGUGGCUUCGGGACAAGUCUUAAUGUCCUUGAGUGGCCCAGCCAGAGCCCGGACUUGAACCCGAUCGAACAUCUCUGGAGAGACCUGAAAAUAGCUGUGCAGCGACGCUCCCCAUCCAACCUGACAGAGCUUGAGAGGAUCGGCAUAGACAAAUGGGAGAAACUCCCCAAAUACUGGUGUGCCAAGCUUGUAGCGUCAUACCCAAGAACACUCAAGGCUGUAAUUGCUGCCAAAAGUACUUCAACAAAGUACUGAGUAAAGGGUCUGAAUACUUAUUUAAAUGUGAUAUUUCAUUUUAUUAUUAUUAUUUUUAUGCAAAAUUCUGGGGUAUUAUGUGUAGAUUGAUGGAUAAUAAAAAAAACUAAAACAAUUUUAGAAUAAGGCUAUAACGUAACAAAAUGUGGAAAAGGUGAAGGGGGCUCUGAAUACUUUCCAAAUGCACUGUAUACCCAAUUAUUUGCGCUCUGUUUUUGAAUUGGCAUGUUGCAGAUGCUAUGUAACUGUGUAAGUAAGUUGCACUGUGUAUUUACACAUAAUUACACUGUAUAAGGUUCUUAGUGCGUCCCAAAUGACAGACCGACUGAGUUCCAAGCGGUCAAAACCAUUAGAUUUUGAGACGGGGGUGUCACCAAAGCUGUGAUGUCGCUAAUGUCGUAGCUAAUUGUCAAAGAUGCAUUAUGUUGCAGUACAAGCUCAAAACUUUUAACAAAAAUGACAAUUAUGACAGUAACUGUGGUAAUUUACAUGACAAUUAGUCAUUAUCCAAAAUUCCAUAGUCCUCACAGCCGUCACCACACACACACACACACGUCACAGGUAUCAUGAAUGGCAACAAAGAGCAAUCACAAAGGUUCUAUGAUUGCAAGGUAGUGUCAUAUUUCAGACUUAUGUAGAAGCUAAUCUCUCCAUUCAUGUGUUUCUUCCACUCCUAUUCAUUUUCUCUUUCAUUCCUUCUUUACCUACAGCCCACGGAUGAGUUGUCGGACCUGCCACUGCGUGUGGCAGAGAUCACCAAAGAACAGAGACAGCGGCGGGAGAGGGAGGAGCAUAGGACGACUGGCUCCCAUCCUGUGACCAAUGGCACAUGUGAGAAUCAACAAAUGUCUGUUUGUGUGUGUGAACUGAACUGUAUUGUACUGUGUUUACAGUAUUAUUCACAGUAUUAUUCAAUUGUAUUCUAGCUUGGGUACCAGUCUGUUGGUUUGAGCUUUUCCCUCCCUGACACACUGUUUGGCAUAUGAGAAGAGGUACAAGGAGUGGAAUGUUAGCCCAAAACGGGCCUGGAUUUCAGGCUGAUUAUAGUCUACAUCUGUGGAAAUAUACGCUGAACAAAAAUAUAAACGCAAUAAGCCAUGUUUCAUUUUCCAUACGCACAAAAAGCUUAUUUCUCUCCAAUGUUGUGCACAAAUUUGUUUACAUCCCUGUUCGUGAGCAUUUCUCCUUUGCCAAGAUAAUCCUUCCACUUGAGAGGUGUGGCAUAUCAAGAAGCUGAUUAAACAUCAUUACACAGGUGCACCUUGUGCUGGGGAACAAUUUAAAAUGCCACUCUAAAAUGUGUCGUUUUGUCACAACAAAGCCACAGAUGUCUUGAAGGAGCAUAGAAUUGGCAUGCUGACUGCAGGAAUGUCCACCAGAGCUGUUGAAGGAGAAUUUAAUGUUAAUAUCUCUACCAUAAGCCGCCUCCAAUGUCGUUUUAGAGAAAUAGGCAGUAUGUCCAACCGGCCUCACAACCGCAGACCACGUGUAACCACGCCAGCCCAGGACCUCCACAUCCGGCUUCUUCACCUUCACCUGAGACCAGCCACCUGGACAGCUGAUGAAACUGUGGGUUUGCAGAACUGAAGAAUUUCUUCACAAACUGUCAGAAACCGUCUCAGGAAAGCUAAUCUGCGUGCUCGUCGUCCUCACCAGGGUCUUGACAUGACUGCGGUUCGGCAUCGUAACCGACUUCAGUGGGCAAAUGCUCACCUUCGAUGGCCACUGGCACGCUGGAGAAGUGUGCUCUUCACGGAUGAAUCCCGGUUUCAACUCUACCGGGCAGACGGCGUAUGGCGUCGUAUGGGCGAGCGGUUUGGUGACGUCAACGUUGUGAACAGAGUGCCCCGUGGUGGUGGGGUUAUGGUAUGGGGAGGGAAAAGCUACGGACAACGAACACAAUUGCAUUUUAUCGAUGGCAAUUUCAAUGCACAGCGAUACCAUGACGAGUUCCUGAGGCCCAUUGUCAUGCCAUUCAUCCGCCGCCAUAACCUCAUGUUUCAGCAUGAUAAUGCAUGGCCCCAUGUCGCAAGGACCUGUACACAAUUCCUGGAAGCUGAAAAUGUCCCAGUUCUUCCAUGGCCUGCAUACUCACCAGACAUGUCACCCGCUGAGCAUGUUUGGAAUGCUCGGGGUCGACGUGUACGACAGUGUACCAGUUCCUGCCAAUAUUCAGCAAUUUUGCACAGCCAUUGAAGAGGAGUGGGACAACAUUACACAGGCCACAAUCAACAACCUGAUCAACUCUAUGCGAAGGAGAUGUCGCACUGCAUGAGGCAAAUGGUGCCCACACCAGAUACUGACUGGUUUUCUGAUCCACGGCCCUACUUUUUUUUUUUUUUAAGGUAUCUGUGACCAACAGAUGCAUAUCUGUAUUCCCAGUCGUGAAAUCCAUAGAUUAGGUCCUAAUGAAUUUAUUUCAACUGACUGAUUUCCUUAUAUAAGUCUUUGAAAUUGUUGCAUAUUUUUGUUCAGUGUAUAUUCUACAUCUUGCGUCUCUUUACUCUGAACUGGUGUGUAAUCUGUCUUUCUGUCUUGUGUCUCUCUAUCAAUCUGUCUGUAGUAGAGGCAGAGCUGGAGCAGAUAGACUUCAUUGACAGCUGUACAGGAGAGGAGGAGGAGGAGGAGGGUAGGCGAGGAGAAGUAGCAGCAACCAUCAGCCUCAGCUCCCAGUUCAUGGCUUACAUUGAGCGCCGCAUCACCAGAGAGGUAAGUGUUUUAUUUGUGUGUGUGAUAUAAAAUAUAAUUUAUGCCAUUCAGCAAGCCAUUUUACAUUUUUGCAUACAUUUUUGUAUGGGUUGCCCCAGUGGGAAUCACUCACACCCGUACAAGUGCCAUGAUCUGCCAACUGAACUAACUGUGUGUGUGUUCAUGAGUGUGCGUGUACGUGUGACUGGCCAGGGUGUACAGGACUGUAUGUAGAAGGCUGGGGGCCCGUUCAUCACAACAGAACGGUAUGCAAUGUUUAAUUCAACAGAAACUGCCUCCUGAUGUGGCGCAGCAGUCUAAGGCGCUGCAUCGCAGUGUUGCGGCGUCACUACAGCCUGGGGUUCGAUCCCAGGUGUGUCACAACCGGCCGUGACCAAGAGUCCCAUAGGGCGGCGCACAAUUGGCCCAGUGUCAUCCGGGUUAGGGGAGGAUUUGGCCAGGGGGGCUUUACUUGGCUCAUCGUGCUCUAGCGACUCCUUGUGGUGGGCUGGGCGCCUGCAAGCUGACUUCAGUCGUCAAUUGAACAGUGUUUCCUCCAAAACAUUGGUGCAGCUGGCUUCCGGGUUAAGCGAGCGGGUGUUAAGAAGCGCGGCUUGGCGAGUCAUGUUUUGGAGGACGCAUGACUCGAUCUUCGUUUCUCCCGAGCACGUUGGGGAGUUGCAGCGAUGAGACAAGAUCGCAAUUGGAUAUCAAGAAAUUGGGGAGAAAAAGGGGGUAAAAUUACAAAAUUGAAUAGAAAUAAUAAUAAUUAAACAGAAACUACUGUUCUGAAUGACCAGUUGAAGAACCUGAUUAUGGUGACCCAGAAAGUGAUAGUGUAUGGUGUGCUGCAUGAGUUUUGCAAUUUGAAAUGGUCACAUCCAUAUUGAUCAGACCACACCUCGCCACACUCCCCAAACGGGAGCAAAUGUAUCUCAAAGGCAGUUGAAGAAUGCGCACUGUUUUAGGGAAACAUGUCAUUCAGUGCAAAUCUUCACACCACAUAGCAAACGUUGAAACAAACUGAACGCACCGCUGGUGUGUGUGUGUUUGUUGUGUGGUGUAAGAGCAAGAUCGUGGCUGGUGUAUUGAUGACUGUCUCUUGUCUCUGUCUCUUUGUAGGGCUCUCCAGUCAAGUCCAACUCCUCCAGAGACUCAAGGACAGACGACCCGAGGCAACACAAUUCUCUGCAGAAGAGGUAGGAAGACGUACACGCACACACACCCUGCCUUUCUUGUAACUUGACCUAUAACAGAGUUGUAUGUGAUGUAUAACAAUCUCACACAAACACAUGAGCCCAGCUCUGUAGCAGAUUCUCAGCCUGUGUUAUAGUCGUGUCUCUGUUCGGUUUUUAACAACAAAAAAAUUGGACUCAACAAAUGACCCAAUGUACCCAACAUACCAUAAAAUCUCCAGUCUAAAUAAAGAUCUCUAAUCUAAUGUGUUGAGUUAGAUCACACAUCUAACCCCCUCCCUUUCCCCAUCUGUCUCCCACCCACCCCCUCCCUCAGGACUGCCCAUGAUCCAGCUUCUUCUGCCUCUCAUAAUCAGGUAACCCGAGUGUCUAAAUGCUGUGUACAGCUUCCAAUACUGAUUAUUACUACGUCAAUUACUACUUACAUGUUUUAAAACUUCAUUUAUUGAGUGUAAAUGUUGAUACCGCCUCUUUUCAACUCCAUUCCUCUCUUCCUCGUUCCGCCUCCUCGCCCUCUCUGUUUCCCUCUGCUAUCUUCCUUCAUCUCCCUCUCUCUCUUGGUUUCUCUCCUCUCGCUUUGUUUCCUCCCCCUUCCUCUCUCUCCCCCCUCCCUCUCUCUCCCUGUGUUCAGAGAGGGUCAGGGGCUGGGGUUGGUGCGGGUCCGGGCGGGGCACCGGGUGGGGGCGUUGAGCACGUGCGGAGGAUGGCCCAGUUGGCCGUCCUGCGGUACGAGGAGGAGAGGCAGAAGUCACGCUCAGUGCAGCGGGACGCCGUCAUGACCUACGUCAAGGUUCCUCUGACUACUAUUAAUUUUUAUUCUGUUGAUUUAUGUCUUGCUCUUGUAUCACUGUAAGUGGUGGAGUUAAUGGAACGUUAGUGGAGAGUUGGUAAUAGAAGGGGCUGACACUGAUGCUGUGUAUGUAUCUACAGUAGCCUUAUGUUUUAAAAAGACAAAUAUAUGAAUGGCCUCAAAUGAAAGUGACAUUCUCUAGCGCUUUUUCUAAGUAGACAUUUUGACUUUUGGAUACUUUUGGAGCGCACUGUGUAUGACUGAGACUGGUCUCUCGGUCUCUACAGCACAAAGCGUCUCUAAGUCCUACCAAGCUGAGUCCCACAGAGAACGAGGUGAGUCCACACACUGCUCUCUACACUCUGUUCUCUCUCUCCCUGCCUCCCUGCCUUACCUCUUUGCUCUGUUUUCUCUCACUCUGAAGGUCUCUCCAUGGUGAGUUAAUGUGUGUGUUGGCAUAAAUGGUUCUAGUUAUAACUGAAGAAGCGUAGGGUUUUAUAAAAAUUCACAGGGGCUCUCUGUAAACAUGACCACGCAUUUUCUUCAGCAGUCAUGUCUGGUGGUGCAUUCUACCUCAUCCCCCUUUCAAUUGUCCUCAUCGCGUCCUCCCCACACACACACACACACACACAUAUCCCUCUCUUUUGCUCCUAUUGUGGUCACGUACCUUCCUUCACCCUCCCUCCCCUCUCCAGUUAUACCAUCACUGAUUCUUGAGGGUAAAGACUAAACAUCUACGACCCCAGCAAAGUAUUGUCGAUGUUUAACAAUUUUUUAUAGAAGACAUCUUUUUUGUGCCUACUUUAAAAAAAAUCUGUGCUAUAUGCAGGGUUCCAGACUGCAACCAUUUUGUUGCAUUUUGCGACCCUUUAACUUCGCUGUGCAAGUUACAUUUUUUAUUGGUCGCACAUUCUAUCUGGUCACCUCAAUCAAAACGUCCUAUUUUAUGGGCGGAUAAAACCAUGAAUUUGUUAAACAGUAAGUGCAUUAUCCUCAUCAUUCCUAUAAUAAAAGUGUCUUUCCUGCUGCUGUCGUUGUGGCCGUCUGCUGUAAUGAGCGAGCCUCUCACACUCGCUCUACCCCCUUGUGGGCCCCUCGUCAUUGUAUAACAUUUCAAAAUGCAAAUGCAGGGAAAAAACACAACUUUGGAAGCAGCUAGUUGUCCAUAAUAAAGAGAAGAGGGUCUCAGCUUUCUGUAGGUAUAUAAUUUGUAUUUCUCAAUGAUAAUUAUUGCGGUCAAAGCACACUGUUUUACAAUCAAGAUAUCUGAUAUGGCUUUGAAAUACAGAGCACGCAAAAUUACGCAUCGGCCAUCGCAAGUGCACUCAUUGCAGUUUUUUGGGGGACAUUUACUGUUAGAUUAAUACAUUGGCUACUAGCAGUAGGUAUUAUAUUUACAGUUAGCGAGCAAGCUAAUGUGUUUUGCGUUUCCACUUCCUCAGGUGGUGAAUAAACACCAGUUGAAUUUGACCUAUAAUAUAAUUAAAAACAAAACACUAAGUUAUAACUGAGAAGUAGGCAUUGGUCUGAAGAAAAAGAAUGGAAAUUCACAUGAGCUCCACCCAUACACACAGCUUUGACCUACUACAGUAACUAUGUUGGUCUAUUGUACUUCAAACCAUGUGUUUGCAAGUUGCUUAGGAUUCAAACCUUCUCAAACAGUCUAAUUCAUACUCUAAGAGGAGGUACUCCCACAAUAAUGUGAUUUGUACUGCAUCUAGGGGCUUUGGCGGUCAUAAAAUUUUGUCAGCCGGUUGUCAUGCCAAAGAAUGCCGGAUUCACUGUAAUUUACCGUUAAUUAACAUAAAACACGUUUAGCAACUCCAGGCCUCCACGCAUACAAGCCUCUGAUGCACGCCUUUUGAACAUCUACAUUUUAGUCUAAGUCUAAUAAAUCAAUUUAAUAUACACCAUCACAAUAAAUCCAUUAUUUAUUCUAGGCAGGUCUAAAGAAACAUGAUCUGAAGAAAAUAGUAUUUAGUCAGCCACCAAUUGUGCAAGUUCUCCCACUUAAAAAGAUGAGAGAGGCCUGUAAUUUUCAUCAUAGGUACGCGUCAACUAUGACAGACAAAAUGAGAAUUUUUUUCUCCAGAAAAUCACAUUGUAGGAUUUUUUUAUGAAUUUAUUUGCAAAUUAUGGUGGAAAAUAAGUAUUUGGUCAAUAACAAAAGUUUCUCAAUACUUUGUUAUAUACCCUUUGUUGGCAAUGACACAGGUCAAACGUUUUCUGUAAGUCUUCACAAGGUUUUCACACACUGUUGCUGGUAUUUUGGCCCAAUCCUCCAUGCAGAUCUCCUCUAGAGCAGUGAUGUUUUGGGGCUGUCACUGGGCAACACAGACUUUCAACUCCCUCCAAAGAUUUUCUAUGGGGUUGAGAUCUGGAGACUGGCUAGGCCACUCCAGGACCUUGAAAUGCUUCUUACGAAGCCACUCCUUCGUUGCCCGGGCGGUGUGUUUGGGAUCAUUGUCAUGCUGAAAGACCCAGCCACGUUUCAUCUUCAAUGCCCUUGCUGAUGGAAGGAGGUUUUCACUCAAUCUCACAAUACAUGGCCCCAUUCAUUCAUUCCUUUACACGGAUCAGUCGUCCUGGUCCCUUUGCAGAAAAACAGCCCCAAAGCAUGAUGUUUCCACCCCCAUGCUUCACAGUAGGUAUGGUGUUCUUUGGAUGCAACUCAGCAUUCUUUGUCCUCCAAACACGACGAGUUGAGUUUUUACCAAAAAGUUCUAUUUUGGUUUCAUCUGACCAUAUGACAUUCUCCCAAUCCUCUUCUGGGUCAUCCAAAUGCACUCUAGCAAACUUCAGACGGGCCUGGACAUGUACUGGCUUAAGCAGGGGGGCACGUCUGGCACUGCAGGAUUUAUCCCUGGCGGCGUAGUGUGUUACUGAUGGUAGGCUUUGUUACUUUGGUCCCAGCUCUCUGCAGGUCAUUCACUAGGUCCCCCCGUGUGGUUCUGGGAUUUUUGCUCACCGUUCUUGUGAUCAUUUUGACCCCACGGGGUGAGAUCUUGCGUGGAGCCCCAGAUCGAGGGAGAUUAUCAGUGGUCUUGUAUGUCUUCCAUUUCCUAAUAAUUGCUCCCACAGUUGAUUUCUUCAAACCAAGCUGCUUACCUAUUGCAGAUUCAGUCUUCCCAGCCUGGUGCAGGUCUACAAUUUUGUUUCUGAUGUCCUUUGACAGCUCUUUGGUCUUGGCCAUAGUGGAGUUUGGAGUGUGACUGUUUGAGGUUGUGGACAGGUGUCUUUUAUACUGAUAACAAGUUCAAACAGGUGCCAUUAAUACAGGUAAGUGGAGGACAGAGGAGCCUCUUAAAGAAGAAGUUACAGGUCUGUGAGAGCCAGAAAUCUUGCUUGUUUGUAGGUGACCAAAUACUUAUUUUCCACCAUAAUUUGCAAAUAAAUUCAUUAAAAAUCCUACAAUGUGAUUUUCUGGAGAAAAAAAAUUCUCAAUUUGUCUGUCAUAGUUGACGUGUACCUAUGAUGAAAAUUACAGGCUUCUCUCAUCUUUUUAAGUGGGAGUAUCUGGCUGUCAACAAUCACACACUAUUGACAGAACCGGCUCACAAGAGGUGGAAAGGGGGGUCUUACUGUAUAGCCCCAGGCUGUAGUAAUUAAUUUUAAAGAACAGAAAGUAGUCCACUACCAUGCCCUACCACUCAAGCGACAAUCAGUGAAGUGCCAAAGCCCAUCUGUUGCCCCUGGAUUCAGGGUUAGCGGUAAUAACUAAACAAACCUGAAUGUACACGCGGUUACUAAAGGAAUGAUAAUGAAGUGCUAGGGAGCUAGCCAUGCUGCAGAUACACAUUGCCAGCUUACUUGGCCAAUUACCUAAUUAACAGACUUAGCCGCUGACAUAAACGGUAUUACAGACGUCUAAACUCUGAGGGAAAUACAGUGUGCUGGCUAACAAAUGUACAGGAGAAAUACAUUAUAAACAGUGACAUGGAAAGCAACUUACUGUUCAUCAACGCACACAAAAGGAACUGUAAUGUACAAACAUAACCGAUAACUUAUGCCGCGUUCAAAACAACUAGGAACUCUGAAAUCUCUGACUUACGACUUCAGUGCGUUCAAGACAACUGCGAAAAAUCGUUUUGAAUGGUCAUCCAACUUGGCAACUCUGGCAUCUUUCUAGACUUUUCGACCUUAAGAUCACUGACGUCAUGAUUUGAAUUUCCCCUGAGUUCCCAGUUGAAAAGCACCAUUAGUUCUUUACAAUAACUGUGAACUUGGCCUGGCAUGCACCAGGAGCGUGAAUAGAAGGUACUUGCGUGCGCACUGUGCUAGGAGAGACAUCAUACCUAGAAUGAGAACAGCAUGAGAGAGGCAGCCUUUCGUAUAUACUCUAUAGGGAACAAUUUGGUGGUGGUGGAAUAAAUGAAAUUGCAUAAAGACAUUUGGCAUGGAGAAAUUCAUAUGUAAUAGCCAUUUUGUUAUUCAUUACACAAUUUACUACAGUAGGCUGCAUAAAAUAGAUGAAGGAUAAACAACAACAUGUAAAGUAUGCUACAUGAGCAGGUCAAAUCUUAACAUCAUAAAAAGCAUAUUCAAAUCCGUAGUACUCCUCAGAGUGGAAUUGCGAUUGGAUUGCAUGGACCACACAGGCAGGUAUAGGCACUCUGUUCCUCUUCCCCAAGUGUCAUCUUGCCCACAGGGUAAAUUGCCUAUAGGCAGUCAAUCUGUAAUGACUGAAACAUGCAUAUUGAUUAUUAAGUGUGCCAUUAAAGUGGAUUGCGUCACAAGCUGUAAAAUGUCAACAAACGCUCCUGUCAUUACAGUAGCCAGCAAACAACUAGCUAGGCAACUUGUGGGGACACAAUUCACAAGACUUCACUUAGUUAUUUAGCUAGCUAGCUGGCUGCUUUCCUAGCAAACACACUUUUGACUGGUACUGUAUGUAAACGUAAUAUUUCUGUUUUUUUUGUUUUAUAUGUAGCUCAGCUGGUAGAGCACGGCGCUUGUAACGCCAAGGUAGUGGGUUCGAUCCCCGGGACCACCCAUACACAAAAAAAAUGUAUGCACGCAUGACUGUAAGUCGCUUUGGAUAAAAGCGUCUGCUAAAUGGCAUAUUAUUAUUAUUAUUAUAAAUUUGCAAAAAAAUCUAAAAACCUAUUUUUGCUCUGUCGUUAUGGGGUAGUGUGUGUGUGUGUGUGUGAAUUGAUGAGGGGGGGGGGGGAAACUAUUUAAUCAAUUUUAGAAUAAGGCUGUAACGUAACAAAAUGUGGAAAAAGUCAAGGGGUUUGAAUACUUUCCGAAUGCACUGUAUGAGAACAUGAUAUCAUGGUUUGUUUUAGCGUUUCAUUUAAUCAUAUUUUAAACCUAACCACACUGCUAACCUUAUGCCUAACCUUAAAUUAAGACCAAAAAGCCGCAAACAAAAUUCCAUGGUGGUGACGUUAGCGCGUACGCUAUGAACCCUGUCAUGAACGCAUUAUCUUGACACUAUUUAAAUGGACAGUCUGGUGAUUACAGGAAGCUCUUGUUCACUCAGUACUGAUUUGAAUGUUUUUCUCUUGCUUUAUAAAAAGACAUAUUGUCUAAAACAGUUUUGUUGAAAACCGUCACAUUGCUAGCCAAGUUAGCAAACAUGUCGUUUUCUUUUGAAAGUAACACCCCCUCAACAUAUAAACACAGACACUGAAAAUGAUCUUAUUUUUCUUUAUCAGGUAGCUCUCAAAAGAGCCUUUGCAUUGCUGAGCAGUUAAAUUUUCAGGAGUGUGCUGCCUGCCUGCCUGCCAUCAGAGGAGUCUGCCUGCCUGCCUGCCAUUCAUCAAAGGAGUAGAUCAGUAAAUAAUGAAAUGUUAGUAAGUUAUUGCCACGCUUUCACAUAGAGGCCUAGUUUACAUUUACAUUUUAGUUAUUUAGCAGACACGCUUAUUCAGAGCGACUAGUUUUAAGUGCCUUGCUCAAGGGUACAUGGGCUGAUUUUUCACCUAGUCAGCUCGGGGAUUCGAACCAGCCUCCUUUCGGUUACUGCCCAACGCUCUUAACCGCUAGAUUACAAAGCACAAAAUGUUAAACACAAAAAGGCAAAUGGUAGUAGAUAAACUGGUUAAAUAAAAGACUGCUCUUAGAACUUUCAGACUCAUAUCUCAAUGUAUGUAUUUUAAUUUUCUCAUAGGGAAACAAUAGGGCAGCCUCAGAGUUCCAAAAGUUGUGUAAUUCCUGACAUUUUAAAUGCUAGCUUUUGAUGACAACGGAGUAUGCUGCCCAGCCUUACAUCAUUACAAAGAGAUUAUCCUAAUUAAAAGGGUGUCUGACUUGAAAAAAUCGAAAUAUACACAUUGCGACAUAUUUUGUGAAAUAAACUGACAUACCUACAUUUCCCCUAUAGGAAACAAAUGGGACAAUAUAACGAGUCAAAAUUCACCUAAGGCUGAAAAAUGGCCAAAGAACGUUGGUUGAGCUGGAACACUAGCGAUUGAAAUCAACCUUCGCUGAUCCUGUUCUGACUGGAAUGAUCCUUAGAAUUUUAUUUUCCCUAAAUGGCACCAACAAAUGUAUACCUUUUUAUUUUACCACUACAAUCUGUUCUUAGGACAAAACUGAAAAAUAACAUAUUGUGUAGAAAGUAAACAUCCGCACCUCGAUGGUGCCAAGUGUGCUUAUGUCUACAUAACGGAAGAAAUGGCAACUUCUGACUAUUUCUAGUCUAGCGAUCGGUGACAGCAGAGUACCUUAUGUCAUUAGGUACCCAACCUUAUGUCAUUAGAAAGAGGAGAUUCUCAUGAUUAAAAUGGUGUCCGACUUGAAAAAAUCAAAAUACACAUUGCGAAAUAUACCAGCAUGCCUCUCCAUAGGAAAACAAUGGGGGGAGCUCAGCGUUCCAAGGGCAAAAAGUAUUUCGGGGCUAGCGUUUGACAACGGAGUACGCUUCCCAGCCUUACAUAAUUAGAAAGAGGAGAUUAUCCUGAUUUUAAAAUGGUGUCUGAUUUGAAAAAAUUUAAAUAUACACAUUGCGAGAUAUUUUGUGAAAUAAACAGACAUACCUAUAUUUCCCCUAUAGAAAACAAUGGGACGACCUCAGUGCCAUUAGUAUUUUUUGUUGUUGUUGACGUUUUAACUACCAGCAAUUGGUAACAGCAUUGCACCCUGCUCAAACGUAUCUCAUUAGAAAUAAUAUAUGUUAUCCUGAUUUAAAUGGUGUAGAACUUCAAACCAUUAAAAUACAUACAAGGUGGCUGUGGUUCGAAUCCCAGAACCGACUAGGUGAAACAUCUGUUGAUGUACCUUUGAGCAAGGCACUUACCCUAGUCACUCUGGAUAAGAGCGUCUGCAAAAUGACUAAAAUGUAAAUGUAAACUAGGCUUCUAUGUGAAAGCGUGGCAAAAACGUAUUAACUAAAUCAUUAUUCACAGCUUUACUCAUCUGUUGACAUGGCAGGCAGGCAGCACACUCCUGAAAACGAACUGCUCAGCAAAGCAAAGGCUCUAAAAAAAUAAAAAUAAAUAAAAAAUACUCGUUUUCAGUGUCUGUGUUUAUAUGUUAAGGCGUCACCCAUCUAAAUACAUUUAUGUUUAUUUUUUAUAAUUAACUAAAUGUAUGGUGUUUGUCAGUUUCAUUGUUUAUGCUAUAAAUGGUUAUUGUAUGGUUGUAAGUGAUCAAAUGAACUAGAACAUUUUAUAUUUAGCAAUUCUGAGUAAUUACUACUUUUAGUAAGGAUAUACACUUUAUUACACCACUCCUGCGUACACUUUGUUCUGUCCCUUUCCACACUGCUAACGCAAGAGGAAGGACUGAAAAAGCAUUUAACAGAUUACUGUUAAGUAAUAUAAAUUACCUGAUGUAAACCUACGAGGUUAACGUGGGCAGGUCGUAUUGCUGACAAUAGCGAAGCAGGCAUUGUGACGUUGAACAAUGGGCUGGGAAUAGAAGGCGAGUUGGUGCCACGGUGCUCAAUAGAAUUAAUAGGAGCUGGCAGGGUGGAUACAUUUCCUAAAAUAAGGCCUGUUUUUUCUCUAUUACUUCAAAACUAUGGCAAGCAUGAAACUGGGCUCCACGGUGGAUGGAAUGAACUAGUUUUUAUCAGAAAAAAGCGUUGUUAAAAAUGUUGUGUCCAACCUAUUAAUGUUAACGUUACAGCCCUGUUGGCUUGUAGCUAGCGAACGUUAUUGGCUAACAUUAGUUGGCUAGCUAACUGGCAAUAGCAGUCAAUGAGGUUCGCUAUCUUAUUUGUGCUUAUUACAUGCAAGUGUCAAGGCCAACAAUUUACACAGAUGGCUUCAGCCAUGUGAAAAACCUUCCAUAGCAAAAUACAGCUCGCUUCCUUUGCUUGUAGCUUGCCUCUCAUCCGACUGGUGUUAGCUAGCUACUAGCACUGUUGCUGCGCAACCCAAGUGCUUUGGUCCGGUUUUAGAACUCUUGAGAUUCGGCUGAAGAUAUGUUGGCAUUGUCAGAAAUGCUACAAAAGGGUAGCACGUCGUUGGUUCUUAAUGGACAGAAAUGAGCACGUGAGAGUGAUACAUUAUACAUUUUCAUAAACUGUUGCACCUACAAACGUAUUCAGUCCGAAAGGUGGCAAGUCUAAUGCUCACUUUAUGGACGCUGUAGCCUCGUUUUAAUCCGACGUCUAGAAUUUGAGCUAGGUUUGGGCCAAAAAAUCGUGACGAGAGGCAGGGAGUGUGUUGUGUAUGGUCAGUCAAGUUUAUUUACAAAUUUCCAUCGACAUUGGUGUCAUAUUGGUUUAGAUAUGACGGUAGGGAAAUUUGAAUGUAACAUUGAGCUUCAACCAAUGCAUAUACUAUAACCCAAUAAUAUUAGUGCACAUAAAGACAAAAAAAGUCAUUUCUGGAGCCCUAUAUUGACAGUAAAAUAUAACAAAAGUAGCCUAAUUGUCAACCCAAGAUUCAUGACAAUCACUGGAUUAGGUUGCAUAUCAAAGUAUUUUGAAUCAUGCAUUCCUGCUUGGACAUGUUGGACACUUAUUUAUUGAAUACCAUCUCUGUAGUCUAUGACACUUCUUAAUAAAGCAUUGUGAAUUACUUUGUAAUGACAGGUGCUGACUCAAAUGUAUUAUAUUGUGGGACGCUGCACACAUUUUUUCCCAGGGGUUCCACCAAAUCAUGGGCUGGUGCCACCAACUGAAAAUGUUAGUCUAGAGCCCUGGCUAUAUAUCCUAGCUAUCUCCCCCUUCCCCCUCUCCAGCCUCACCUCCUGUCUUCCCUGUGUGUUCUGUCCUCAUUCCCUCUCUUCCACUCCUCCCUGCCAGAACGCGUACCCCUCCAGGCGUUCCACCCACACGGACGACUCGGCCCUCUUCGUGGUAAGGCGCCGUGGCUGUGCUUCCAUUCUCUUCUUCCAUUCUUCUCCUACAAGUGUGCACUCCUUCACUCCUCCACUGAUUUUAAAACAGCGGUCAAUUUUUUAUUUAUUUUAUUAAUUGCAUUUUCAUCUCUUAUCAAAAUGAAAAGAAACCAAUAAAUAGAUUUACUCAAUAAAAUGUUAUUUUUCAAGUUAUCUUUCUCAAAAACGUUCAUAUCCUUCCAUGCAAUAAUCUGUACUCUUAAUUUAGAAAUAAUACUUGGUGACACCACUGCAGUUCCCGGUCGGCCACACAAGGGCGCGAGACCCGACUUCAAAAUACAACUUUUUUUUAAAGGGAGCAACUGGGGAAAUAAAUAUGGUAGCCCAUGGCAUGCUUACACCAAUCUAUUGCUGGGGAUAAAAAAAUAAAAAAUAAAAUAUAUUUCAACAAAAAUGAAUCUUAUGCUUUUAAACCCAUGUGGGGGAGUAAACGAGUGCCCACUUUAGGAGAACAGUAGGAAAUGGGAACACGACCCUGUGUCACCUGCUCUCUGUCUGUCCUUUAACCACCCGUCAACACCCAAUAACCUUUCAUAGUCCUCCCCCUCUAACUAGUCUUCCAUGGUUGGAUUAACACUCUUGUCUACUGUUUGGUUAUAUAGCUACACAUGUUAAUCUAUAGACUUACAGGUAACUGACAAAAUAAAGGAAACACUUGAGUAAAUGAGGGAUACAAAGUAUAUUGAAAGCAGGUGCUUCCACACAGGUGUGGUUCCUGAGUUAAUUAAGCAAUAAACAUCCCAUCAUGCUUAGGGUCAUGUAUAAAAAUGCCCAGUUGCCCAUUAUUAUGGCUACCAUGGUUAGAAGAGAUCUAAGUCACUUUGAAAGAGGGGUCUCAAAGGAGCGUAGGGGGUUUAAAGGGUGUGUGUCUCAGUCACCAAAUCUCAACCCAAUUGAACACUUAUGGGAGAUUCUGGAGUGGCACCUGAGACAGCGUUUUCCACCACCAUCAACAAAACACCAAAGGAUGGAAUUUCUCAUAGAAGAAUGGUGACGCAUCCCUCCAAUAGAGUUCCAGACACUUGUAGAAUCUAUUCCAAGGAGCAUUGAAGCUGUUCUAGAGGCUCGUGGUGGCCCAACGCCCUAUUAAGACACUUGUAUUUAGGUGUUUCCUUUAUUAUGGCAGUUACCUGUAUUUCGUCAUAUGCAUUACUUUUUCAGUAUGUCUGUCUGUGUGGAAAUCUGGUCUUUCUAAUUGCAUCUGACAAUCUUAUGGACUGCGUUUAGUUUUUCCAAUUAUCCAACAGUCUUUUGGUCAGUGAGCGAUGCAAAUCCUGCCGUUCACGGCCACUGUAAAAGAAGAGUCUGGCGUUUGACAACAUUAACUGGAUCGUGUUCAUUACGCACCAAACGGAAGAAAGCGGAUGGAACUGCCAAGUGGGACUAGGAUAAAACGCUCAUUUUCAUUUUCUGUCAAGUGCCCUAAUGAACACAACCCUGGCUAUUGUAACUUUUUCACACUAACAUUCCUCCAACCCAAACUGUACUCCUCUGGCUCACUUUUCUCUGAGCACAGUACGGUGUAACUCAAGGAUCAGCCUGCUUUGGUAGACACGGCUUAUUUACAGCCUGGUUUGGGCGGGACUUGGCGAGCUAACCAUGCCCCUCGGCUCAGUUAAAAUUAUAUUUUACUAAAAAAAAAACUUUAAGUAGUUUAAGAUGGAGCACUGUACUGAAAGUGCUCUUCCUUGAAAACUUAAUCUGCUGACAUGCACAAUUUGUGACUGUCAACAGUAUACUAAUGAACAAAAUACCAAAAUAUGUUUUAUUAAAAUAUCCCUUUAAAAGGGGGCUGACACUAGUUACGUAAUCAGGGUGCAAAUGGAAAUAUCCACACCAGCACAGUAUGGUUUGGGUCUGCACGAUAGUGUGAAAAUGCUGUUAGUAUAGUUAUUAGAUGACCUGCUGCUUGGUUCUGGGGUUCAGCUGGCUGUUGGAAUCCUUGCCUGUCCCCCUUGCUUUCUGACUAAACUUUCUUUUACUAACCUGUUCCAGAGACAAUGUAUGUGUCCCAAAUGGCACCCUAUUCCCUAUAUAGUGCCCUACUUUUGACCAGAGCCCAUAGGGUGCAGCAAAUAGGUCCCUUCGUCUUCCUGACGCAUUGUAACCAGCUUACACCUGUCCUGGCUUAACCCCUCUCUUCUUCUCCUCCUUCUUUCCCUUCCGAUUCCCCUCUUUCUGUAUUUGUUUAUUUUCUCUCUCUUUCUCCCUUCUCCGGCUGGUUCACUGUUAGAGCGAGUACCAGCCUCUCAUGGUGUUUGAGAUAGACACUGACACCAACACUAUAAAGAGGAGGCCUGGCACUCACAAGCAGGUGAAACACACUUUUUGCUACAGUACUACACACGCACACAAACAUUUGACUUGUUUCACACGCACAAUUAGGGAGCAACUGUGUACACAGCAUACAUACACACACAGUCACACAUUGUUGGAGUAAUCAUACACAGCAAUACACACAUACAAACAAACAAAUCAAGUCAUAGGCACUUAACCCAUAUUGCUCUGGAUAAGAGCGUCUGCUAAAUGACUAAAAUGAAAAAUGAUAUACAUGUGCUGUCUGCAAAUAUACCAUCCCAAACACACGCACACAGUUGUUGUUUUGCGGCCCGUAUCUGUGCAGCAUGCUGUGUGUGCACUGUGCUUACUCAACAGUACUCAAUUUUCUCUAUCUCUCUCUGCAUAUAAAAUCUCUCCAUUAUUCCACGUCUUUCUUUUUAUUUUAUUUUCCUUCACACUUCCUUGAGUUACUCUUUCUCCUCAAUUCUCAUUGGAUUUUCUAAAAACAAAUCCCUCAAUCCACCUUUUGCCAUUCCUUUCUUGUCUCUCUAUGUUCCUCCUUUUACUUUUGUCCUCCUGCACUCUUUCUUCCUGCACCACCUCCCCCCAGUCUCUUUCUGGGUCUGGGAUGUCCAUAGAUGGGUGUCCCUCUUAUCCUGCCGACAUCGUCCCCACGUGUCUACUGCAGGUACUGAAACCUUGCACGUCUUCUUUUCAGAGCAACCUCCCUUUUCCGUCUCUUUCUCUUUAUUUCCUUAUACUUUGGGUUUUAGAGCAUGCUGCUAAACACUGGUCCAGGGCCAGUUUAGUGAUGGUUUGUCAAGCGCAUGUGUGGUGUGCUCCCCCGUGCAAAAUGGCUGCCGUGGCAUCACCCAGGUGUGAGCUACACUUUGGUGGUGGAUGGGGUGAGUUUCCCCUGUACAAUGGAAACACUUUGAGCACCUAGUAGGAAAGCACUAGGCCCUUUCUAAAUCCAAUCCAUUAAUAUUCUUGUUAUUAUUAGCUAACCCUAAGGGGCACUCUACCUACCUGCAGCCAGAGAGCCUGCUCCAGGGCUCUAUGCCCAUAAUACACCAUCUCCUAUGUAAUGGUUGCCGAACUUUGAUGUAGGGGUAAAAUAUAGGUCUGUAAACAUCAAACAGUCAAGAUGAAUGCUAAUGCUAACAGCGCUAAUGUUGGCGUCAAAGGGUGCUUGAGUGAUGUUUACGGGCCUUUACCCUCCCUCAUUACAUCUCUGGUGCGAACGGAGGUGUGAGACACCUGAGUAUUGUUGAGAGAACCGUAUAUGCAUGAAUGCUGGUGUUUUCGUCCUGACUCAAAUUGAAAGAGGGAUGAAAUGUACUCUCUCUCUCUCCCUCUCUCUGUUUGCUCUCCGCUGGGACUCGACUGGCCACUCAGCAGGGCGAGGAUCGCUCCUCCUCCCUGUCUCCCACAGGUAAGACACCAGUCACACUAUUCCUGCUGCCCUUCACUGCUAGGUGCAGCUAUUCCCACUGGCUUCCAGGGAAACCAGAGUAUCAAUGGCUGUGAACUUGAGCAGCUUCCCACACACUCCUCCCCUCUCCUUUCUAAUUUUCUGUAUCCCAAAUUGACCACUACCCCUUAGAUGUUCCUGUGGAUCUUCUUAUUGGUGUCAGAGUGGCGCAGUGGUCUAAGCUGUGCCACUAGAGAUCCUGGUUCGAAUCCAGGCUCUGUCGUAACCGGCCGCGACCGGGAGACCCAUGGGGCGGCGCGCAAUUGGCCCAGCGUCGUCCAGGGUAGGGGAGGGAAUGGCCGGCAGGGAUGUAGCUCAGUUGAUAGAGCAUGGCGUUUGCAACGCCAAGGUUGUGGGUUCGAUUCCCACAGGGGGUAUGAAAAAAAAUAAUGUAUGCACUAACUAACUGUAAGUCGCUCUGGAUAAGAGCGUCUGCUAAAUGACUAAAAUGUAAAUGUAAAAUUACACGUCCUAUUCACUCUCCCACCUGCUCACUUCCUGUUUGCAGCCCUCCAAUCACCUUCUUACCCCGGCCCUGUUGCCCCGCCCUCCUGCCGGGGGCCCGCCCAGCGGCCAGAAAGCUUCUUGUUUCGCCUCAGCCAGAAGGAAGAGCAGAGGAGAGGUAUGUCACCGGAUCACAACUGUCUGGAUGGCCUUGGGAGCUUUCAGAAGAGAGUGUUGGUACCAAUGCGCAUGUCACAAUUGAGUGUCAUAUGUGACAUUGCUCUGGUAACUGUGGCUGGGCUGAUGGACUCGUCUGGAUGGGAUCCUGCACAGUCACUGAGCGAUACUGUGGAUAGUCAAACAUAAUAGAAGGUUCACACCCUUAUAAUUAAAUUGGGAGGGGGGGGGGGGGGGGGUAGUUUUAGAUAAUUUUGGAUAUGGACAGAUUUCUAUGUUUUAAGUGGGGGAGGGGAAAUUGUCGCCUUUUGUUUUACUAUUAUGUGUGAUGGUCCCCUCUUAGUUUUGUGAUCCCAUCUAUUACUUUGAGUUCUGUCUAGGUCAGAGGUCUGUCUGUCUGUAGCUGUAGAGUUCAGUGACUUCCAUGUGUCUGUUGCUUACAGUUUCAGAGCUCAGUUUUCUGAUGGUUUUGUUCCAUCUCUCUAUUACUUCAAGUUCCGUCUGUUGCUGUAGAGCUCCGUCUGUCUGUUGCUCAGAGCUUGUCUACAGCUCAGAGUUCCGUCUGCCUGUUGCUGUAGAGUUCAGUCUAUCUGCUGUAGUUUGCCUUCAGAAUAGUUUGCCAGCCGUCUGAUCAUGCCAUUGUAUCUGUAGAGAGCUGGACUUUCCCCCUCUUCAGGAUUAAUUAUUAGCACCCAUUCUGUUUGUAUGUUUGAGCCUGUCUGUUUCUGCCUUCCUCCCCAGGUGAUGGUGCCUCCCCCAGGCCGGAGCCUGAAGAGGUGACCCCUUCCCAGCCUCAAGGCCCUGUGGGAGAGGAGGCUGCUCUGGUGGAGCAACUGCGGAAGGUGAACAACACCCGACAAACAGAUUCUCCCCCCUUUUAACCAAACGAUUAAGGCCUGGAGUUUGUGCUGGGUUCCUUGGCCCAUAUUCAUAAAUAAAGCGUAGAAAUGCUAAACUAGAAUCAGUUUUGCCUUUCAGAUCACAAUGAGGACAAUUAUAUGGACACAGGGGACCUGAUCCUAGAUCAGCACUCCUACUCUGAGAUGCUUUAUGAGCCCAGGUCAGAUCACAAGGUCAGGAACAACUCCUGGCCCUACAUGUGCUGAUCCCCCUGUAACUUUGUCGUACUCUAUUUUGUAGAACAUCGAGUCGCGUCUGAAAGUGUCCUUGCCCAGCGACCUCGGAGCAGCACUGACAGACGGGGUCGUGCUCUGCCAUCUAGCCAAUCACAUGUGGCCACGAUCCGUACCCAGCAUCCAUGUGCCCUCCCCUGCUGUGGUGAGUGUUUGUGUGUGUGUGUGUUUGCAUGAGCGUGUGUGUUUGCGCAUGUUGUAUGUGUGCUGUGCGUGCAUACCAUGCAUGCAUUAGUGAGAUGUCAGUUUUAGAAUUAAUUUAGUCAGUGUGCCUUUCUGUCGGGAACAAUACACUUCAAGCAUAUCAAUACAACACUGCUACUUUUUACUUUGCGAAAGAUUCGCAUUUGGGUUAUGAUCAGACACUGCCUUACGUCCCAAAUAGCACCCUAUUCCCUAUAUAGUGCACUACGGUGACCAUAGCCCUAUAGGCCCUGGUCAAAAGUAGUGCUCUAUACAGGGAAAAGGGUGCCAUUUGGGACACAGCCGCCGUUGUUGUGCUUACCAUUGUCCCCGUUCUGUCUGUGUCCAUCAAGCCCAAACUGACCAUGGCCAAGUGUCGGCGGAACGUGGAGAACUUUCUGGAGGCGUGUCGCAGGAUCGGGGUUCCACAGGUAAGACCUUCACACUAGUUGAGUAAAGGUAUGGCAUGCUCAACUCUCUAGUCUUCCUGCUUAAACGUCUGUGUGUUUGUGAUGGGUUAGAUACAAGAGGACCUUUACUGACUGACUGUGUUCUACAGAAAUUCAAUUAAUUUGCUAGCAGCAGACAGUGACCUCACCAAAUUAAUGAAAUACCUGAAGGCUACUUUCAGACAAUGCAAUAUUUAUUGUACAGAGUAGGGAGACAAACUCCCUCUACUACUCUACUUUUUGUAUCAACAACGGUUUAGCCUAGUUCUCUGUCCCUGCUCUUUUUAUCAAUUGACUCCAGCAAACUCAAGUGACAAACUGGCAACCGGCAAAGCUUUUGUAAACUGGAUUUGGAGAGACGCUUAAUAACAGUAACCUUCUUUCUCUCUCUUUCCGCUCCUCCACUCUUCUCUUUCUUUUAACCAUAACACUUCCCUCUCAAACGCAUCUUCCAUCUGUCCAUCCAAACACAAAACUCCCCUAUCUGUGUGAUCUUAUCCUUUGCCUUCCCCCUCCCUCCGCUAUUCUCUUCCACCACUUCACCUCCCGUGGGACAGGAGAGGCUGUGCACAGUGGAGGAGGUUCUGGAUGGCCGGGGAGGCUGUGUUUACGGGAUGCUGGGGAGUCCUGCUCUCCAUGGCUCCUCCCCGCCUCCUAAUGCGUUCUCCCCCGGCCCAGCUGGCAGGCUUCGCCCUGUUCUAUAUGUCCAUCAUGUCUGUGUUGUGUGCUCUGUACUGCCACCUGGUGCCCCACCUCUGAACUGUCUGUCUGGACAACACAAUCCCUUCCUCACCUUCCUCGUCCCACAACGAACUGACUCUCUGCUACUCGUGCACGCACGCUCGCACACACACACACACACACAGUUGUUUGUUGGGGAAGGUUACUUGCGUCCCAACAAGGAGUGGCAAGGUGGACCUUCAAUGCUCCCUCGUUACCCUUCUGUCAUGUACUAGAACUGCCCCCCAUUGAGAGAGACAGCGAGACCCUGGAGGUUGCUGUGUUGUCUGUGUCACUGAACUGUCCACUACUGUACCUACCUACUGAACCUCCUCCUGUGCCUUAAGUUUGUCUGCCUGCCUAUGUGUGUGCGUGUGUGUUUUUAGAUGGAACCUUCCCACCCGAAAGCACUUCCAUUGCACUGAUAACAUCAAUCAAGUCAGAGUGCUUGUCAUAUGUAGCCCACGUGCUUCCUCCCUCCUCCUGCCCCUGAGAAGAACCAACCACAAGUAAUCUGACCAAUCAACGCCAAGCGCUUCUCUUCUCUCCUGACUCGAACACAGCUUAGCCUUAGCUGCAAAAUCAGUCUGAAGUUUAUGCCUAAUCAAAAAGAGAGCAUGUCGUCGAGGGUCAUUUUCUAAGCCUUUGAGUCCUUGCUGACGCACAAUCAAGUAUCCUACAGGAACUUUUUCUUCUUGACUGUCUGUGAUCCAGCCCCCCCUCAGUCCUAAUGCUCAUUUUGUGGCGCCGGGAUGACGUUUCCCCCUAAGUACAGAUCUAGGAUCAGCUUCCCCUCCCCAAUCCUAACCUUAACUGAAACGCUCAAAUCAACCUACAUUUUAUAUGUCGACGUUAUGUAACCUUGUUGAACGUGACGUUAUGAAAAUGCUUUUAAAACAUAAUAUUAUACCAUUUUUCGAGCGCCUUGCACAAGCUUAGAGAGAUGUGGCCACAGCCAUAUUGAAAUAAAGUAAUGGGAAUGGUAGUGUCUGCACGCCUAUUGUACACGCCCUUGACUUUUUCAAAAUUGUGUUGUUACAAAGUGGCAUUAAAAUGGAUUUCAUUGUCCUUUUUUUGUCUACGAUCUACACAAAAUACUCUGUCAAAGUGGUGGAAAAAAAUUAAACCCGAAUAUCUUGAUUUAGAUACGUAUUCAAUACAUGAGUCCAAUACAUGUUAGAAUCACCUUUGGCAGUGAUUACAGCUGUGAGCUCUGUCAAAUUGGUUGUUGAUCAUUGCUAGACAUCCAUUUUCAGGUUUUGCCAUAGAUUUUCAAGAAGAUUUAAGUCAAAACUGUAACUCGGCCACUCAGGAACAUUAACUGUCUUGGUAAGCAACUCCAGUGUAGGUUUGGCCUUGUGUUUUAGGUUAUUGUCCUGCUGAAAGUUGAAUUAAUCUCCCACUGUCUGGUGGAAAGCAGACUGAACCAAGUUUUCCUCUAGAAUUUUGCCUCUGCUUAGCUCCAUUCCAUUUCUUUUUUAUCCUGAAAAACUCCCCAGUCCUUAACGAGUACACGCAUACCCAUAACAUGAUGCAACCACCACUAUGCUUGAAGUGGUACUCAGUGAUGUGAUGUGAUGUAUUGGAUUUGCCCCAAACAUAACACUUGGUAUUCAGGACCAAAAGUUUAUUGAUUUGCCAAAUUUUUUGCAGUAUUACUUUAGUGCCUUGUUGCAAACAGGAUGCAUGUUUUGGAAUAUUUGUAUUUUGUACAGGCUUUCUUCUUUUCACUGUCAAUUCGGUUAGUAUUGUGGAGUAACUACAACGACACCUGUAUCUUUGUAAUGACUGGGUGUAUUGAUACACAAUCCGAAAUGUAAUUAAUAACUUCACCAUGUUCAAAGGGAUAUUCAAUGUCUGCUUUAUUAUUAUUUAUUUUUUAUAUAACAAUAUACCUUCUUUGCGAGGCAUUGGAAAAUCGCCCUGGUCUUUGUGGUUGAAUCUGUGUUUGGAAUUCACUGCUCAACUGAGAGACAGAUAAUUGUAUGUGUGGGAUAUUUUUUAUUAAUUUGUAAACAUUCCAUUUUGGCAUUAUGGGGCAUUUUGACAUUUUUAAAUUCAGGCUGUAACACAACAAAAUGUGGAAAAAGUCAAGGGGUGUGAAUACUUUCUGAAGGCACUGUAUAUCGCAAUGAGUGCUCUUAUACUGUUCUAUACGAAGACAAAGCACAUAUUUUGUGAGAAAGAGAGAGGGAGUGAAUCUGUGGGUUUGUUCCAAAAGGGACCCUAUUCCUUAAAGUGCACUAAAAGUAGUGCACUCAAUUGGGAAUAGGGUGCCAUUCGGGACGCAACCUGUGUGUAGUCUGUUGUUGGUCUGUGCUGAAUGACAAGGAGUAAUGUCUCUUCCAGCUCCGAAGUGCGGUGUGUAUGUUCUCUGUGUCGGUGGUCUGUUUGCUUAGUGUGUGUAACCGUGUGCCUAUCUCUCCUGUGUCUUCUGUUGUUGACCUUUUCAACUCUUCCCCAGAGCUCCUCCCUUCACAAUAAAAUGAACCAAAUAUCUGGUGUGACUUCCUUCCUCUCUGCAGUCUGUGUUAUCACAUGUUAUCACUCUCUCUCUCUCUCAUAUUCUCACACUCACCUAUAUUUGCUCCUGUGGGAUAUGUUGUUCAGUGAGUGUCUCAGUGCACGAGUCCCUACUUAUUGUAACCCUGUGCCUCUGUUUGCACACCCCUGCUCCCCUUCCAUGCUCUCCUCAAGGUCAUGCCUUUGGAUCCCAUUCAACUUCUUUUCCAUCUUAUGUUGAGUUUGACAUCUUUACAUUUGUGUUGAUGAUGUCUGUUAUGUUUUGGUGGUUGUUGUUUUUGUUAUUAUUAUUUACCCAUCCAUUGACAUACCCUUUUUUUGUUCUCCCCGCUCCCGUUUCCCCUCCUCCCUUUGUCAUGCGUGUGUGUUCCUGUGUGUUUGUGUGUACAUGUGCUCUUCGUCUGGCCUCAGACCCAGCUGUGCCUGCCCCUCCACAUCCUGGAGGAGAGAGGGCUCCCCCAGGUGGCCGGGACGGUGCGUGCGCUCCUGGAGCUGGCCCCGCCCAAACACACAACCUCCCCCGCCACCACCACUACCCCUCUGGCUAUGUAGGGCAGCAGAGUUCCAGAGUUCCACACUCACUCUCAUGGAUGGACAGACACAGGACCCACCCUCUCCCUCUCCGAGGGUACGUUACAUGGCUUUCCCUCUCGACCACCGCUGGCACAAGGGGGUG